GCCCGCAGCUGGAACGCGAGCGCGCGCCCCGCCGCGCGCCCGCCCGCCGGGGCCUGGGCGCUGCGGCGCGUGCGCGAGCGGUGCCGCACCGGCCGCGGGCGCAGGGAGUAUUAUGGGCUGUGGGUGCCGCUGAGCAAGAUGGAGCUGUCUGCAGUGGGCGAGCGGGUCUUCGCGGCCGAAUCCAUCAUCAAACGGCGGAUCCGAAAGGGACGCAUCGAGUACCUGGUGAAAUGGAAGGGGUGGGCGAUCAAGUACAGCACUUGGGAGCCCGAGGAGAACAUCCUGGACUCGCGGCUCAUUGCAGCCUUCGAGCAAAAGGAGAGGGAGCGUGAGCUGUAUGGACCCAAGAAGAGGGGACCUAAACCCAAAACUUUCCUCCUGAAGGCGCGGGCCCAGGCCGAGGCCCUCCGCAUCAGUGAUGUGCAUUUCUCUGUCAAGCCGAGCGCCAGUGCCUCCUCGCCCAAGCUGCACUCCAGUGCAGCCGUGCACCGGCUCAAGAAGGACAUCCGCCGCUGCCACCGCAUGUCCCGCCGUCCCCUGCCCCGCCCGGACCCGCAGGGGGGCAGCCCUGGCCUGCGCCCACCCAUCUCACCCUUUUCGGAGACGGUGCGCAUCAUCAACCGCAAGGUGAAGCCGCGGGAGCCCAAGCGGAACCGCAUCAUCCUGAACCUGAAGGUGAUCGACAAGGGUGCGGGCGGCGGGGGCGCCGGGCAGGGUGCCGGGGCGCUAGCCCGCCCCAAAGUCCCCUCGCGGAACCGCGUCAUCGGCAAAAGCAAGAAGUUCAGCGAGAGCGUUCUGCGCACCCAGAUCCGCCACAUGAAGUUCGGAGCCUUUGCUCUGUACAAGCCCCCGUCCGCCCCCCUGGCUGCCCCGCCCGCCGGCAAGGCCGACGCCUCCGCCCCUGGCCCCGGGCUGCUCCUGGCCGCCCCCGCCGCCCCCUACGACGCCCGCAGCUCGGGAUCCUCCGGCUGCCCCUCGCCCGCACAGCAGUCCUCUGACCCUGACGACACGCCCCCCAAGCUCCUCCCUGAGAACGUGAGCCCAUCUGCCCCUGGCUGGCGCGAGCCAGAGGUGCUCGACCUGUCCCUCCCUCCGGAGUCGGCAGCCACCAGCAAGCGGGCGCAGCCAGAUGUCCCUGCCGCUGCCGGCCCGGCGCUGCCCACGGCCCCUGAGCCCGCCAGUGCCUCCUCCGAGCCCGAGGCUGGGGACUGGCGCCCCGAGAUGUCACCCUGCUCCAAUGUGGUCGUCACCGAUGUCACCAGCAACCUCCUGACGGUCACGAUCAAGGAAUUCUGCAACCCUGAGGAUUUCGAGAAGGUGGCUGCUGGGGUCGCAGGCACAGCUGGGGGUGGUGGCGGCAGUGGGGCGAGCAAGUGAGGGGGCUCCACCAAGGAGGGGGUUUGGGGGGCCCUCCUGCCCGAAGUCAUACUCUUGCUCUCACCCCGCCCUUGCCCCCAGCCCUCUCUCCCUGUGCUUUGCUUGUUUCAAAUGGCUCAGUGUUGACCCAGGGAUGGGGCUGGGCAGUUGGGGGUCCCAGAAGGCCGGGGGACAGGGGCCACCCUGGAAUGGGGCAGGGGAAGGGCACACUCCCUACCCAUGCAUGGUGGGGCCCACUGGGUGGUUUCUGGAAAGCCCCAGAACCUAAAGUUCCCCUGCCCCUUCCACAUCCCGCCUGUCUCUCUAGCUUGCUUUCUGCUCUCCUGUGCCGCGUCUGAUUUCUCGGUGCUAACCUGGCAGCUGUGGGGCCCUUAGGAGACCCCCACUGAGGGUGGGCACAGUCCCUUUCCUUCCUGCAGAUGCGGAGGCAGGAGGGGGGACUUCCCGCCUGUUUGGCAAAACCCCAGACAGAGGCCGAGGAUGAGGCCAGACUCGGCCCCUCCCUCCACAUCAGCCAGGGCAUCAGAAGUUGGGCCAGGGCGGGGUCUUCACUGCUUGAUUCUGGAUGAGACCCAAGCAGACCCCCUAUGCCCUGCCCCAGCCCUGUGUCCUUCCUAACUGGCUCAACGGUGGGAGGAACUGGCAGAGGAUGCACCUGGCCACAGCCUCCCAGCAUCUAAAGGCCCCUUCAGUUCUUGACCAAAGGUGCUAGAGAACCUGCCGUGGAAAAUUCCUAUUGUGCAUGUGCGUCCGCCCCACUUGGUGUGUUUGUCCAUGGGUUCAUACGUGCAUUGGGUACUAGGCCCCAGGCUGUCUGGGUGGCACCCUUUACAGUUCUUUUGAACAGGGGCAUUGAAGGCCUGGACCUUCCCUUGCCUCAGUGGGCCUGGGGACCAGGCUCGAGUCUGGAGGUUUGCCUCCCCUCCUGGCCUGGAGUGCUGAGGGCGCCAUGCCCCCCUGUCCCCCUCCUUGGGGUGGUCAGCCCAACCUGUCGGGCCUUCAUGGCUUGGUGGGGACUGAGAUAGAGAGGGAGACCCUUCCUCCUGGGGUUAGGGGUGGAUGCCGACGAAGCCAUUCCCCCAGGGCCUCCCGGCUUCUCCCAGCCCUUCUUUUGCUUCUGACCACUGAGGCUUUCUCACAGCCCAGCCUGGACGAAGCAAAGGAGCCUCUAGUGCCCUGGGAGCUUCCAUUUCCCUCUGCUGCCAGGGAGCCAAGGCACCCAUGCCAGUGGCAGAGGCCACAGCCCCAGCCUUAGGCUGGGCCCUGGGAGGGCAGGCAGGCAAAGACGAGAGACCAGAGGGGCCGCUUUCUCCAGGAGAAUGAGGGUGUUGGUCCCAGGAUUGGGAUCAGAAGCCCUGCUGGCCAGCCCAGGGCCACUUCCCGGGUCUCCACUGUGCAUGGGUGGCAUGUUCCGGGCGUGGCUGAAGCUGGCUUCCUGGCUGUGCAGCCAUGGGCCCCUCCCUCAGAAGCACGUUGGCAGGAGGCCGAUCAGAACACGAGCGCCUUUGGUCCUAAGAAUGGGGAGGCCGCCUUCCUUCCCAAUCUCCAUGCCCAGGCCACAGCGUGGCCCUAGCCCUCCCCUCCCCAGGAUGUAGAACGGGGACCCUUGCAGGGUCAGGGCGGGGGCUGGUACUCCUCGGCCCCUCCCUACCCUGCCCUGUGUGUUGGCUUUGUGGCCGUCCAAGUGCCAAUUGGCUUUCUCCUCAAAUAAGGGCUGGCAUUUCUCCUCUGUCCUUGGAGGUGAUUUCCCCCUGACACCCUCCCCCAGGUGAGCGACCACCGGGGUGCCAGUUACAGGUGUUUCCAGAGACCAUAGAAAUGUGUUUUCCUGAGAGUUUGUGUCAUUCGUGACUUUUUUUGUAAAGAAGUUGUGUUUUCAGAGGUGAUUUUAUGACAGGAAAGUGAAAGAAUUAGUUUUGCAAAAAAAAAAACAA